AUGCCUGAGCAGUUUUUACAUCCUCCAAAACCUUACUGUCUUAACAGUGACCCCAAUUCGUUUGGUAUGGUCUGUGUCCAGCAUCGCUGGCCGAUCAUCAUUACGGGUGUUGUCGACGAUGUGUCUCGUCACGUUGCCAAGGCUUUGGAAAGAGGAAUGUCCAAUGAUGCCCCCUACGUCGUCCAGGGCAAGCGAAUCAUCAGUCAACUGAACCAGCUCAAGUUUGACAUUGAACACAAUCGCACUAUGCUUCCCUUGGAGGGCGAGGAUGCAGACUUGGCCGAGUACAACGCCGAACUGGCCGAGUACGACGGUUUGACAUGGGGCGCGGCACCUUGGUUGUAUUCAGAGUGCUACAUGUACCGCUACAUGAGUCUGUGUUUUGCGAGACAGUCCGAAUGGGACCGUCACGAUCCUUUUUUCGAACAGAAGGAAAAGACCGUUCGCUCCAGCAGAAUCGCCAUUGUAGAGCUGGCCGAACGCUGCAUGCAUUUGUCGAAUGAUUUGAAGGAGGUUACCGAACACCAGAACGACGAAACUGCCUACCUGCUGUUCCUCGAAAUGGCCCAAGUUUCAUUGUGGGGCAAUGCUACGGACUUGAGUCUACUUACGAACGUUUCGUACGACGAUCUUCAAAAACUCCAAGGCAAGCAGGCCGUUGAGAACAGCCAGAAGAACAUCAUUGCCAACGACUUCCCCUCGGUGUGGAAGUCGCUGCGUCAUGUGAGGGAUGGCCGUGUCGACAUUGUGCUCGACAAUGCCGGGUUUGAGCUGUAUGUCGAUCUUGUGUUCGCGUUGUACUUGCUCAAGUCUCGCAUUGCCAAGACGGUCGUCUUCCACCCGAAAGACGUGCCCUGGUUCGUGUCGGAUGUGUUGGUCAACGACAUCACCUACCUCUUCUCCAUGCUUGCUUCUGAUUUCCCCGAGCCUAGUGUACAGGCACUGGCCUCGAGCCUGGCUAAUUACCAUGCAGAGGGUCAGAUCAUCAUCCGUCCCAACGCUUUUUGGACCACGGCCCACUACUACGGUCGCAUGCCAGAAAAGGCGCCAGCCCUGUUACAAGACCUGGCCACUUCGGAUCUAGUCAUCUUUAAGGGUGACUUAAAUUACCGAAAGCUUACGGGCGACUGUCAAUGGCCCAUGACUACAAGUUUCCGUGAGGCCCUGGGACCCCUUGCAGGAACCAUGAACGUCUUUGCCCUGCGUACCUGCAAGGCUGAUGUUGUUGUAGGUCUCGCCGAGGGCGUCGAGGAGCGAUUGACCCGCGAGACUCCUCAUUGGGAGCGUACGGGCAAGUAUGCUGUUGCUGAAUUCUGCAAGAAGGACUAG